AUGGCGAUGAGGUUGCUUUACUUGGGAUUUAUACUCUGCUUGGAGAUCACAUCUCCUAACGGUGCGACCGUAGCUCCCAAAACCGAUGAGCAGCCCAAGACUUGCAGCUCUAAGCAGUUUGUAUGUAAGGACCAGGUGACCUGUAUCUCCAAAGGUUGGCGCUGUGAUGGGGAGAAGGACUGUCCAGAUGGCUCAGAUGAAUCUCCAGAUAUCUGCGCACACAGCAAGGUGAACCAGUGUCCUGUCAAUAAAUAUCCGUGCCUCGACGUGGAAGUGUGUCUCCAUGCAAGCAAAUUUUGUGAUGGAGUUCCUGAUUGCACUGAUGGCUGGGAUGAAGGGCCUCACUGCAGAGCAAAAGCACCAGACUGUGCCUCCCAUGGGUGCGAGAUUGGCUGUGCAGUGACUCAUGAUGGGCCUCGUUGCUACUGUAGAGAUGGUUACGAGGUCGCUGCAGAUGGAAAGAAAUGUAAAGAUUUCAAUGAGUGCGGUGUGUAUGGGACAUGCAGUCAGACAUGCACAAACAUUGAUGGCAGCUACACCUGCAGCUGUGUGGAGGGCUACCUGCUGCAGCCAGACAACCGCUCCUGCAAAGCCAAAAACGAGCCAGUCGAUCGUCUGCCUGUUCUCUUGAUCGCCAACCUCCAUGACAUCCGAUGCACCUCCCUAAGUGGCUCCUCGUCCCGGCUUCCUUCCAUCCCCACCAAGCAGACCAUGGCUAUGGACUUCAACUAUGCUGAGGAGACUGUCUGCUGGAUAGAUGUGGGCGAUACCCCUGCUGCCACCCAGCUAAAAUGUGCCAGCAUCCAAGACCUGAAGGGUGUCAGCAACAACCGCACCAUCAACAUCUCUCUCAGCUUGCACCAUGUGGAACAGAUGGCUAUAGAUUGGCUGACUGGAAACUUCUACUUUGUGGAUGACGUGGAUGACCGCGUGUUUGUCUGCAACAAGAAUGGCAAGACGUGUGUGACCCUGCUGGACCAAGAGCUGUACAACCCUAAAGGCAUUGCCCUCGAUCCGGCGAUGGGUAAAGUGUUCUUCACAGACUAUGGGUCUACGCCGAGGGUGGAGCGCUGUGACAUGGAUGGGCAAAACCGCACUAAGCUGGUAGACAGUAAAAUUGUCUUCCCUCACGGUAUCACUCUGGACCUGGUGAACCGGUUGGUGUACUGGGCUGACGCCUACCUGGAUUACAUCGAAGUGGUGGACUACGAGGGCAAGAAUCGGCACACCAUCAUCCAGGGUCUGAUGAUCGAGCAUCUGUAUGGCCUGACUGUAUUUGAGAACUAUCUCUAUGCUACAAACUCAGAUGAAGGCAACCUUAACUCCAAAACGACCGUGAUUCGAGUAAACCGCUUCAACAGCUCCGACUUCCACACGGUGACCCGUUUAGACCGGGGAGCCGCACUGCACGUGUACCAUCAGAGACGCCAACCUCAAGUGCGUAGUCAUGCGUGUGCUUUGGAUCAGUUUGGAAAGGCUGGAAGUUGCUCUGACAUAUGUCUGCUGAGCAACAGCCACAAGACCCGUACCUGCCGCUGUCGCUCCGGCUUCAGCCUCGGCAGCGAUGGCAAAUCCUGCAAGAAACCAGACCACGAGUUGUUCUUGGUGUACGGCAAGGGUCGUCCUGGAGUCAUCAGGGGCAUGGACAUGAAUGCUAAAGUGCCCGAUGAGUACAUGAUUCCAAUUGAGAACCUAAUGAACCCCCGAGCUUUGGAUUUCCAUGCCGCCAGUGAAUUCAUAUACUUUGCUGAUGCCACCAGUUACAUCAUUGGUCGGCAGAAGAUAGAUGGCACAGAUAGAGACAUCAUACUAAAGGAUGGUAUCCACACUGUAGAGGGGCUAGCAGUAGACUGGAUGGGAAAUAAUCUCUACUGGACAGAUGAUGGGCCUAUGAAGACUAUCAGUGUUGCCAGGCUGGAGAAGGCUUCACAGACCCGCAAGACUCUCAUUGAAGGAAAGAUGAGCCACCCCAGAGCUAUUGUUGUGGACCCCCAGCAUGGAUGGAUGUACUGGACUGACUGGGAGGAGGAUCCCUCAGAAAGCAACAGAGGGAAGAUCAAGAAAGCUUGGAUGGAUGGUUCACAUCACCAAGUGUUCCUCACUAGCAAAACAGUUCUGUGGCCCAACGGGCUGAGUCUGGACAUUCCCCAGGGAAUCCUAUACUGGGUGGAUGCUUACUAUGACCGCAUUGAGCUGGUUUACCUAAACACCACAGAGCGAAAGGUGGUGUAUGAGGGGCAGGAGCUUAACCAUGCUUUUGGCUUAUGCCACUACAAACAGUUUCUGUUUUGGAACGAGUACCGCGGUGGCAGCAUCUACAAACUGGACCAAGUCACUAAGACAGUCACUUUACUCCGCAAUGAGAGACCACCCAUAUUUGAGAUCAGAGUGUAUGAUGCACACCAGCAGCAAGGAACCAAUGCGUGUCGAGUUAACAAUGGUGGCUGUAGCAGUCUGUGCCUCGCCAUUCCUAACGGUAGAUCCUGCGGCUGCGCUGAUGAUCAGAUCCUUGAUGGUGACAAUGUCACCUGCAGAGCCAACCCCUCCUACGUGCCCCCGCCCCAGUGCCAGCCUGGGGAGUUUGCCUGCAAGAACAACCGCUGCAUCCAAGAACGCUGGAAGUGUGAUGGGGACAACGAUUGUCUGGACAACAGCGAUGAGGCCUCUGAGCUCUGCUAUCAGCACACCUGCUCAGCUGAGCGGUUCAAGUGCCAAAACAACCGCUGUAUCCCCCUGCGAUGGCUGUGUGAUGGUGACAAUGACUGCGGAAAUGAUGAGGAUGAAUCCAACACCACCUGCUCUGCUCGCACAUGCCCCCCCAACCAAUACCCCUGUGCCAGUGGGCGCUGCAUCCCCAUCUCCUGGACAUGCGAUCUUGAUGAUGACUGUGGAGAUCGCUCAGAUGAACCAGACUCCUGUGCGUAUCCAACCUGUUUCCCUCUAACCCAGUUCACCUGCGCCAAUGGCCGCUGCAUCAAUAUCAACUGGCGUUGUGACAAUGACAACGACUGCGGGGACAGCAGCGACGAAGCAGGCUGCAGCCAUUCUUGUUCCAGUGUCCAGUUCAAAUGUAACAGUGGCCGCUGCAUCCCAGAAUACUGGACCUGCGACGGCGACAAUGACUGUGGAGACUACAGUGAUGAGACACAUGCCAACUGUACCAACCAAGCAACCCGGCCUCCAGGUGGCUGCCAUGUAGAUGAGUUCCAGUGUCGGAUGGACGGCCUGUGCAUUCCCAUGCGCUGGCGUUGCGAUGGUGACACAGACUGCAUGGACCUGAGUGAUGAGAACAACUGUGAGGGCGUCACCCACACUUGUGACCCCACAGUCAAAUUCAGCUGCAGGGACUCUGCUCGCUGCAUCAGCAAAGCCUGGGUGUGCGACGGUGACAGUGACUGUGAGGACAACUCGGAUGAGGACAACUGCGAGGCAGUGGUGUGCAAGUUGUCUCACCACGUGUGCGCUACAAACGACUCCAUCUGUCUGCCACCCGAGAAGCUGUGUGACGGCAAAGACGAUUGUCCAGAUGGUUCUGAUGAGAAACUGUGCGACUUGUGUUCGGUGGACAAUGGGGGUUGUAGUCACAACUGCAGCAUUAUUCCUGGGGAAGGCUUCAUGUGUUCUUGUCCCUUGGGCAUGGAGCUGGGAGCUGACAACAAGACCUGCCAGAUCCAGAGCUUUUGCGCCAAACAUCUCAAAUGUAGCCAGAAGUGUGAACAAGAGAAAGCCAGCGUCAAGUGCUCCUGCUACGAGGGCUGGGAGCUGGAGGCUGACAUGGAGAGCUGCAAAAGCACUGAUCCCUUCAAGCCUUUCAUCAUCUUCUCCAAUCGCCAUGAGAUCAGAAGGAUUGACCUUCACAAGGGAGAGUUCAGCGUGCUUGUACCAGGCCUUAGGAACACCAUUGCUUUGGACUUCCAUCUCAACCAGAGCACCCUGUACUGGACUGAUGUUGUGGAGGACAAGAUCUAUCGUGGGAAACUGUCUGACAAUGGAGCCCUGACCAGUUUCGAGGUGGUGAUCCAGUAUGGGCUGGCUACUCCAGAGGGCCUAGCUGUGGACUGGAUAGCAGGAAACAUCUACUGGGUGGAGAGCAAUUUGGACCAGAUUGAGGUGGCCAAACUGGACGGGACCAUGAGAACCACCCUGUUAGCUGGGGAAGUUGAGCAUCCCCGGGCCAUUGCCCUAGACCCUCGAGAUGGUAUCCUGUUUUGGACAGACUGGGAUGCAAGUCUGCCCAGAAUUGAGGCAGCAUCUAUGAGUGGCGAAGGCAGACGUACCAUCCACAGGGAGACCGGCAGUGGUGGGUGGCCCAACGGGCUCACUGUGGACUACAUGGAAAGACGCAUUGUCUGGAUUGAUGCCAGGUCGGAUGCUAUCUACUCAGCAAUGUACGAUGGCUCGGGGCUGAUUGAAGUGUUGCGGGGUCAUGAGUAUUUGUCCCACCCUUUUGCUGUCACCAUGUAUGGAGGCGAGGUCUACUGGACUGACUGGAGGACUAACACUCUGGCCAAAGCCAAUAAAUGGACAGGACACAACGUCACUGUGGUCCAGCGCACCAACACGCAACCCUUUGACUUGCAAGUCUAUCACCCAUCAAGACAACCCCAGGCCCCCAAUCCAUGUGCCAGUACUAAUGGUAAACCCCUGUGCUCCCACUUGUGUCUCAUCAACUUUAACCAGACCUUCUCCUGCGCCUGCCCUCACCUCAUGAAGCUGCAGCCCGACAAGCGCACCUGCAAAGAGUCCCGCAAGUUCCUUCUAUACGCUCGUCAGAUCGAGAUCCGAGGCGUUGACAUCGACAACCCCUACUAUAACUACAUAAUCUCCUUCACCGUGCCGGAUAUAGACAAUGUGACAGUAGUGGAUUAUGAUGCUGUGGAGCAUCGCAUCUACUGGUCAGAUGUGCGAACACAGACCAUCAAGCGAGCUUUCAUCAAUGGCACAGGAGUGGAGACUGUGGUGUCUGCUGACCUUCCUAAUGCCCACGGCCUGGCAGUAGACUGGGUGUCCAGGAACCUCUUUUGGACCAGCUAUGACGCCAAUAAGAAGCAGAUCAAUGUGGCCAGACUGGAUGGAUCUUUCAAGAAUGCCGUCAUCCAGGGCUUGGACAAGCCCCACUGUCUAGUGGUACACCCUCUACUUGGGAAGCUUUACUGGACUGAUGGUGACAAUAUAAGCAUGGCUAACAUGGAUGGCAGCAACCGCACCACACUUUUCACCAACCAAAAAGGACCAGUCGGUCUCUCUAUUGACUAUGAAAAAGAGCAGCUGUACUGGAUCAGCUCAGGAAACAGCACCAUUAACCGCUGUCAGCUGGAUGGAUCUAAACUCGAGAUCCUUGAAGGUGUUAAAGGCAAACUGACCAAGGCUACUGCACUGGCUAUUAUGGGAGACAAGCUGUGGUGGGCCGAUCAGGGAACUGACCAGAUAGGAACAUGUGACAAGAAGGAUGGAGGAAACUGGAAAAUUUUGCGAAACAACACCUCCCCGAUGAUGCACAUGAGGAUCUAUGAUGAGGAUGUGCAAAAAGCGGGGGUCAACCUGUGCAGUAACAACAAUGGUGACUGCUCUCAGCUAUGUCUGCCCACCUCUCCAACAACCAGGGCCUGCAUGUGCACUGCUGGAUACAGCCUCAAGACGGGCCAGCAGUCCUGUGAAGGUAUGGGCUCCUUCCUGCUUUACUCUGUUCACGAGGGAAUCAGAGGAAUUCCUCUCGACCCAGCAGACAAAUCUGAUGCCCUGGUGCCGGUUUCUGGAACCUCUCUGGCUGUCGGCAUCGACUUCCACGCUGAGAAUGACACAAUCUACUGGGUGGACAUGGGCCUGAGCACCAUCAGCAGAGCUAAGAGGGAUCAGACGUGGAGGGAAGAUGUGGUAACCAACGGUAUUGGCAGGGUGGAGGGCAUCACUGUUGACUGGAUAGCAGGAAAUAUUUACUGGACUGACCAGGGCUUUGAUGUGAUCGAGGUGGCCAGGCUGAACGGCUCCUUCCGCUAUGUAGUCAUUUCUCAGGGCCUGGACAAACCCAGAGCCAUAACUGUCCACCCAGUGAAAGGGUAUUUGUUCUGGACAGAGUGGGGUCAGUAUCCUCGUAUUGAACGCUCGCGGUUGGAUGGCUCCCAGAGGCUGGUGAUGGUCAAUGCGAGCAUAAGCUGGCCAAAUGGAAUCUCCAUCGAUUAUGAGGAGGGUCUGCUGUAUUGGUGCGAUGCCAGGACAGACAAGAUUGAGCGCAUCAACCUGGAGACUGGAAAAAACAGGGAGCUGGUUCUGGCUAACAACAACAUGGACAUGUUUGCUGUAUCUGUAUUUGAGGAAUACAUCUAUUGGAGUGAUAGGACCCAUGCUAAUGGCUCCAUUAAGAGAGGCAACAAAGACAAUGCUACAGAUGCUGUGCAGCUUAGGACGGGCAUUGGAGUACAGCUGAAAGAUAUCAAAGUUUUCAACAGAGCAAGACAGACAGGCUCGAACAUCUGCAAAAACAACAACGGCGGCUGUGAGCAGCUGUGUCUUUACCGUGGCAAUGGGGAGCGCACCUGCGCCUGUGCUCACGGCAUGCUGGCAGAAGACAACCAAAGUUGCCGCGACUAUGAUGGCUACCUGCUGUACUCCGAGCGUACCAUACUGAAAAGCAUUCACCUGUCUGAUGAGACGAACCUCAACGCGCCGAUAAAGCCGUUUGAGGAUCCGGACCACAUGAAGAACGUCAUCGCUCUCAGCUUUGACUACCAUGGCGGGGGAGGGAAGGGAGCCAAUCGCAUCUUCUUCAGUGACAUUCACUUUGGGAACAUCCAGCAGAUCAAUGAUGACGGCACAGACCGCAAGAUUGUGGUGGACAAUGUUGGGUCAGUUGAGGGCCUGGCAUAUCAUCGUGGUUGGGAUACACUCUACUGGACCAGUUAUACAACCUCCACCAUCACUCGCCACACUGUGGAUCAGAGCCGUUCUGUGGCCUACAACCGCAACACCGUAGUCACCAUGUCUGGAGAAGACCACCCUAGAGCCUUUGUGCUGGACGAGUGUCAAGAUCUCAUGUUCUGGACAAACUGGAAUGAGCAGGCUCCGAGCAUUAUGAGGGCCUCUCUGAAUGGAGCCAAUGUGAUCGUGAUCAUCGGCAGUGACAUUAAAACUCCCAAUGGCCUGGCCAUAGAUCACCGUGCUGAGAAACUCUACUUCUCUGAUGCCACGCUGGACAAGAUUGAACGUUGUGAAUAUGAUGGAAGCAACCGUUACGUCCUGUUGAAGAACGAGCCUGUCCAUCCGUUUGGUCUUGCUGUGUACGGAGAUUACAUCUUCUGGACUGACUGGGUGAGGAGGGCUGUCCUCAGAGCUGACAAAUACACUGGAGGAGACAUGAAAGUGCUGCGUGCUGACAUCCCUCAGCAACCAAUGGGCAUCAUUGCUGUAGCUAAUGACACAAAUAGCUGUGAGUUCUCUCCUUGCCGAUCAAACAACGGAGGUUGCCAGGACCUGUGUCUGCCUACAUCUGAUGGACGGGUCAACUGCAGCUGCCGUGGAGACAGGCAACUUCUCGAAGACAACACCUGUUCUCCUCUGAACAUAUCAUGUGGAAGCGUCGAUGACUUUGAGUGCGGAAACGGUGACUGCAUUAACUAUAGCCUGACCUGUGACGGGAUGGCACACUGCAAGGACAAGUCUGAUGAGAAGCAGUCGUAUUGUGCCAAUCGAAUUUGUAAGAAAGGAUACAGGCGCUGCAUGAACGGCCGCUGUAUUGGUCACCAGUUCUGGUGUGAUGGCACAGAUGACUGUGGUGACCAUUCAGAUGAACUGCCCUGCAACAUGACACUUUGCAAAGCAGGAGAGUUCCAGUGCAAGGAUGGAAGCUGCAUCUCCAACUACAGCCGCUGUGACCAGGUGGUCAACUGCGAGGAUGCGAGUGAUGAAAUGAACUGCCAACCCACCGAUUGCUCCCGUUUCUUCCGCCUUGGCGUUAAAGGAGCCUCUUUUCAAAACUGUGAGAAAACCACUCUGUGUUAUCUGUCCUCAUGGGUGUGUGACGGCAACAAUGACUGUGGUGACUUUUCUGAUGAGAGAAACUGUCCAGAUAAAAGGAAGCUUAAAUGUCCAGUCAACUUCUUCGCCUGCCCCAGCGGCCGGUGCAUUCCUAUGAGUUGGACCUGUGAUAAGGAGAAUGACUGUGAGAACGGGGCCGAUGAGACACACUGUGACAAAUUUUGUACAUCAACCCAGUUUGAAUGUGGGAACCAUCGCUGCAUUUCCAGCCACUGGGUGUGCGACGGCUCGGAUGACUGUGGUGAUGGUUCGGACGAGGACCAGAAAUGCAAAUCCAAAACCUGCAGUCCUGAGGCUUUCCAGUGUCCAGGCUCCCACAUGUGUGUGCCGCAGCGCUGGAAAUGUGACGGAGACAAUGACUGUCCUGAUGGAGCUGAUGAGAGUGUCAAGGCUGGCUGCAUGUACACCAACAAUACGUGUGAUGCUGAAAAUGAAUUCAUGUGCCAGAACAGGCAGUGUAUCCCCAAACACUUUGUGUGCGAUCAUGACUUUGAUUGUUCCGAUGGGUCGGAUGAAUCCCUCGAAUGUGAAUACCCACCAUGCGGUGCAGAUGAGUUUCGCUGUGCGAAUGGCCGCUGCCUUAACCAGAAGAAGUGGGAGUGUGACGGAGAGUUUGACUGUCAGGAUCGUUCGGAUGAAGCUCCCAAGAACCCCCGCUGCACAGACUCCGAGAGGACGUGUAAUGAGUCAGCUUUCACAUGCCGUAAUGGGAAGUGUUUGAAUGAGACUCUGCUGUGCGACCGCAAUGACGACUGUGGUGACGGCUCUGACGAACUCAACUGCUUUAUCAACGAGUGUCUGAACAGUAAGCUGAGUGGCUGUACACAGCUAUGUGAUGACCUCAAGAUUGGCUUCAAGUGCAGGUGUCAUCCUGGUUUCCAGCUGAAGCGCGAUGGGAAGACAUGUGUGGAUAUAGAUGAGUGCACCACCACCUACCCCUGUUCUCAACGGUGUAUCAACACACAUGGCAGCUUCCACUGUCUCUGCGUGGAUGGCUUUGAGCUCAGCCCCAAUGACCCCACUGUUUGCAAGUCCACAUCGGAUGAAGAGCCCUACUUGAUCUUUGCCAACCGUUACUACCUGAGAAAACUGAACCUGGAUGGUUCCAACUACACUCUUAUAAAGCAGGGUCUUAAUAAUGCAGUAGCGCUGGACUUCCACUAUGCAGAGCAUAUGAUCUACUGGACAGAUGUGACCACUCAGGGAAGCAUGAUUCGACGCAUGCAUAUGAAUGGCAGCAACAUGGAGGUUUUGCACCGAACCUCUCUGAGUAAUCCUGAUGGUUUGGCAGUAGACUGGGUUGGUGGAAACUUGUACUGGUGUGACAAAGGCCGAGACACCAUUGAGGUGUCAAAACUUAAUGGGGCUUACCGGACUGUACUGGUCAGCAGUGGCCUGAGGGAACCUCGUGCAGUGGCUGUGGAUGUACGCUAUGGUUACCUUUACUGGUCUGACUGGGGUGACAACCCCCACAUUGGGAGAAUUGGGAUGGAUGGCACCAAUAGAAGUGCCAUCGUAGAAGAUAAGAUCACCUGGCCCAAUGGAUUAACCCUAGACUUCAUCAAUGACCGUAUAUACUGGGCUGAUGCCAGGGAAGACUACAUUGAGUUUGCCAGCCUGGAUGGCAGGAACAGACACACAGUUCUCAGCCAAGACAUCCCUCACAUAUUUGCCAUGACACUGUUUGAGGAAUACAUCUACUGGACAGACUGGGAAACAAAGUCCAUCAACAGAGCUCAUAAGACUCUGGGUACCAACAAGACUACCCUGAUAAGCACCCUGCACCGACCCAUGGACAUCCACAUUUACCAUCCCUACCGCCAACCCCAGGUGCUCAACCACCCGUGCCAGACAAACAACGGUGGCUGCAGUAAUCUCUGCCUCCUUUCUCCUGGUGGAGGUUAUAAGUGUGCCUGUCCUACCAACUUCUAUCUGGCAAAUGAUCAGCGCACUUGCAUGUCCAACUGCACAGCCAGCCAGUUUGUGUGCAAGAAUGACAAAUGCAUUCCUUUCUGGUGGAAAUGUGACACAGAAGAUGACUGUGGGGACCGCUCGGAUGAGCCAGCAGACUGCCGUGAGUUCAAAUGCAGGCCGGGGCAGUUUCAGUGUGGCACAGGCAUCUGCACCAACCCUGCAUACAUCUGUGAUGGAGACAAUGACUGCCAGGACAAUUCAGAUGAGGCUAACUGUGACAUUCAUGUUUGCCUGCCGAGCCAGUUCAAAUGUUCCCACCCGAGCCGCUGCAUUCCAGGUAUCUUCCGCUGUAAUGGCCAGGACAACUGCGGAGAAGGGGAGGAUGAGAAGGACUGCCCUGAGGUCACAUGCGCACCCACCCAGUUCCAGUGCGCCAUCACCAAACGCUGCAUACCUCGUGUCUGGGUGUGUGAUCGUGACAAUGACUGUGUGGACGGAUCGGAUGAGCCCGCCAACUGCACCCAGAUGACCUGUGGUGUGGACGAGUUCCGAUGUAAAGACUCUGGGCGCUGUAUUCCUGCUCGCUGGAAGUGUGACGGCGAGGACGACUGUGGUGAUGCAUCGGAUGAACCAAAAGAGGAGUGUGCUGAGAGGACGUGUGAGCCAUACCAGUUCAGAUGUAAGAACAACCGCUGUGUGCCGGGCCGCUGGCAGUGUGACUAUGACAAUGACUGUGGGGACAAUUCUGAUGAAGACAACUGCAUGCCUCGAAAAUGUUCAGAAAGCGAGUUUGCCUGCACUAACGGCCGCUGCAUUGCCGGGAGGUGGAAGUGCGAUGGAGAUCAUGACUGUGCGGAUGGAUCUGAUGAGCAUGGCUGUGAUCUGAAGUGUGACCAUGACCAGUUCCCAUGUAAGAACGGACACUGUAUUCCAAUCCGCUGGCGGUGUGAUGCCGAUCCAGACUGCAUGGAUGGCAGCGAUGAGGAGAAUUGUGGCAGUGCUGCUGGGCGUCACUGCCCUCUGGAUGAGUUCCAGUGUAACAACACCCUGUGCAAGCCCCUCGCCUGGAAGUGUGAUGGAGAGGAUGACUGUGGAGACAAUUCUGAUGAAAACCCCGAAGAAUGCAGGAAGUUCCAGUGUCCGCCUACAAGAGCAUUCCGCUGCCAAAAUGACCGUGUGUGUCUGCAAGUGUCGAGGAGGUGUGACGGCAUUAAUAAUUGUGGAGACAACAGCGAUGAACUAAACUGCCAGACUCCUCGAACUGUUCCCACAUGUGAGAAGGAUGAGUUCCUGUGCUCCAAUGGCAGGUGCAUCAGCUCCAAUCUGCGCUGUAACUUCUUUAAUGAUUGCGAAGACUAUGGCUCUGAUGAGAUCAACUGCAAAACAGACACAAAGCUAAACGACUGUCGGAGUAACAGGACCCAGUGUGGUGAUGGUGAUGAGGCCCACUGUGUCACUAAUGGCACAGACUCCUUCUGUUCCUGCAAACCAGGCUUCCAGAAGAUAGGUCACCACACCUGUGGAGAUAAGAACGAAUGUUUACAAUUUGGAGUGUGUUCCCACAUCUGCAACAACACUAAAGGCUCCUACAAAUGCAGCUGCCACAAGUACUUUACCAGGAUAAAUGACACCUGCAAGGCUGACAACAUGAACAGCAGUCGACAGAUCCUAUACAUAGCUGAUGACAACGAAAUCCGGAGCCUGGACCCUGGCAUGCCCAACUGGCGCUAUGAGCAGACCUUCCAGGGGGAUGCCAGUGUACGCAUUGAUGCAAUGGACCUGCACAUCAAGACCAACCGCAUCUUCUGGACCAACUGGCACACAGGCCGCAUCUCCUCCUAUGAGCUUCCAGGAUCGUCCUCAUCAUCGUCUUCCAGGAUCACCAACCUGCAGAUCAAAGAGCUGAAGAUGCCCCGUGGUAUAGCUGUGGACUGGGUGGCCGGUAACCUGUACUGGACUGACUCAGGGCGCGAUGUAAUUGAAGUGGCUCAGAUGUCAGGCGAUCAUUGCAAGACCCUCAUCUCUGGCAUGAUAGAUGAGCCUUAUGCCAUUGUAGUGAAUCCACAGAGAGGCACCAUGUAUUGGGCAGACUGGGGGAAUCACCCUAAAAUUGAGACAGCCGCCAUGGACGGCACUCUAAGACAAACUCUCGUCCAUGAGAACAUCCAGUGGCCCACAGGUUUAGCUGUAGACUACUUCAAUGAGCGUCUCUACUGGGCAGAUGCUAAACUCUCGGUCAUUGGCAGUGUCCGUCUGGAUGGCUCUGACCCAGUCGUUGCUGUCUCCGGGAUCAAAAACAGUUUGCUCCAUCCAUUCAGCAUCGAUAUCUUUGAGGACUACGUUUAUGGGGUCACAUAUAUAAACAACUUUGUCUUCCGGGUCAACAAGUUUGGCAAAGGCCCCAUGGAAAAUCUCACUACAGGAAUCAACCAUGCUACAGACAUAGUCCUGUAUCACCGUUAUAAGCAGCCAGAGAUGACUAACCCAUGCGACAGGAAGAAGUGUGAGUGGCUGUGUCUGCUCAGCCCCAGUGGGCCCGUGUGCACCUGCCCUAACAACUACAUUGCAGACAAUGGCACAUGUGUGGAGAGGCAGAAUCCCACCCAGUCACCAUUGUCUCCGCGCUCAGGUACGUGCAAUAUUCAGUGUCAGAACGGCGGGAGUUGCUUCCUCAACGGCCGUCAGGUGGCCAAGUGUCGAUGCCAGCCCAGCUACAUAGGAGAGAGAUGUGAAAUCAACCAAUGUAGGGACUACUGUAAGAAUGGAGGCACCUGCACUGCUUCCCAUACUGGUUUGCCAACUUGCAGAUGCCCUAAAGGCUUCACAGGGCCCAACUGCAACCUGCACACUUGUCAGGACUAUUGUCUGAAUGACGGCAACUGCUCAGUCAGCAUGGGCAACCAGCCAACCUGUAGUUGCUUGCCAGAGUACCUGGGAGACCGGUGUCAGUACAGUAAAUGUGAAGGAUUCUGCGAGAAUGGUGGAACUUGCUUGCAAACCUCCAAUGGCACCAAACUUUGUCUGUGCCCCACCGAGUACAUCGGGUACCAGUGUGAGCUGGACAAAUGUCAAUUCUGCGGAACGGGCAAAUGUUUGACGUCACCCUCAGGGGAGGUUUCCUGCAGCUGUCCAAAUGGUCAGAUCCAACCCAGCUGCUAUUCCUGUUUAAACUACUGCACACACGGACAAUGUUCAGUAGACAAUCGCACACUGCUGCCUCAGUGCACGUGUCCUGUUGGAUGGAGGGGAUACAGAUGUGAAGUUGCAGCUACGCCUAUAGAGUCGCCUACUUCUAGUGGCAGUACCGCGUCCAUCGUCAUCCCAGUACUUCUGCUGCUGUUGUUGGCACUGCUGGUGGUUGGUGCCAUCUUGUGGUACAAGCGGAGAAUGCGCGGUGCCAAGGGCUUCCAGCACCACCGAAUGACUAAUGGAGCCAUGAAUGUUGAGAUUGGGAAUCCAGCCUAUAAGAUCUAUGAAGGAGACCCCGAUGAUGAUGCUGGGGAGCUCCUGGAUUCUGACUUUGCUUUGGACCCAGACAAGCCCACCAACUUCACGAACCCAGUGUACGCCACCCUGUACAUGGGUGCCCACAACAGCCGCAACUCUCUGGCCAGCACUGAUGAAAAGAAGGAGCUCCUCUCCCAGGUCGAUGAGGACAUGAGCGACCCCCUGGCAUAGACCUCGGCAUGGACUGAAUUCUGCCAACAUCGCCCUGCCUUGCCCAACCCAGAGCCAACAAGCUCUCUCAUUUUAUGCCUUUACCAACUGAAAAGAAAAAGCAACAAAAAAAAAACAAAAAACAGAACAAAAAAACAAAACAAAAAAAAA